UGUUACCGUGACACCGUACUAAAUUAGGCCCACAGUAACGCCAUAUGUUAUGAAGUCGCUUUGCGAGGCCUUAUGGGUAUUGUUGUCCUUACAUGUUGUGCUUGUUAGCAUUGUUAAGUUAGCAGUUCAAAGUGCGACGCUGCGUAUCAGUCAUACAAUUAUGAACAGUCAGACUGUCACUUCAAUGUUUCCGUGCACGUGAAGUCGCUUAAGGACGUCACAUAUCACUCGAACCACUUCUCUGAUUUCAAAUAGUUACCUUGCUAAUACAGUCAAGUGGACUUUAUUGAGGUAACUUUAAACGACUUUUAACGGAGAAACUAAUCAUCCAUCCAACGUCCACUGUGGAAGUGUUGCCUGAAAGCUUAUGUUUAGCUUGCUAAUCCGCUCCACCUGCGUUGAUUACUGUAAUGUAUGUACCGAUCUUACCAUAAGGAACUAACAGCUUGGCAAAUGUCUAAAUGUACCCGCUACUUGGUAGUCAUCGUUUGCACAAGCAAGGCGACUUUAAAUUGACAGGAGUUUUGACGUAGUAUGGUGGAAAGACAUUUUUUCGAGAAAACCUAACGAAAUAGUCAGUUUAUCCCCAAUUGAUAAGUAAUUACAUUCACGAAGCCGUUACUUGUUGAUUAUUUAAAGCCCUUGUAAUAGCGUGUUACUAUCCCAUAAACAGUUGUGUUGUCGAGAGGCCAUGUACCCCGUAGACCUUCCAGCCGUGGUCGACACUGACCUGACAUCAGCAUCUGAGGAGUACCUCUCCUCUUUGGAGUCAAGGCCUGAUGAUAACGAGUGGUUUCAAUUAUCACAGACUUCAAAGGUAGCGAUAACAGCAAACCAUGUGAGGCGGUUGCAGCUGUUUGAGGACGACCAACCCGACUGCCCACUGCUGGCUCUUCACCCUCCUGAUGAUCCAACACAAGUGGUGGCUUUAUACCUGCAUGAGACGUGGUGGCACGUGGACGACGUCUUACGCACUUCGAGCAACUCCAGAAUUGGUUUGAUUUCGGUGCAGUCGCUUAUGGAGAGGGUGAUUGUGUUCCUGCUCAGUCAGGUGGUGGAGAGGUCCUCCCAGGAGAAGGUGUUGUUCUCCCUGCACCCCCGCACCGAGAGCUGCAAACUGCUGUGGAGAGACGGCCAGGCGGUCGGCUUCUACACCAUCAAACACAAAGGCAGUCUGUGUGACGGCUGGAGCGGUCGCUGCUACCUGUUGCCUGCUCUGGACACGGUGCUGGUGAGGAGGAGCUGGAGGAGGAGAGGCCUCGGUCUUCAGAUGCUGGCAGAUUUCUGCUCCUCAUUCUCCGCCGAGCAGUUUCUGGGAGUCAGCUCUCCAUUAUCACCCAGCAUGGUGGCAGUGUGCAGGAGCUUUCUGCUGCAGCACAAGGAACAUCUGGAGCAUCUGUAUGAGGUGGAGGCUCCAGGGGGCUGGACUCAACGACGGAACAUCUGGCUCAGCAUCCGGCUAGGUCGCUACUCCCUCGGAUGUAGUCCUGCAGCCUAUGCCGAUGAUCUAGACUCUGGACCUCCCACCAGACCACCACCGUCCCUAAACACAAAACACACCCUGAAAUCCAACCCUUCUCCAUCUGCAGAGUCUCACGGAGAGAAGCCAGAGGAGGGAACACAAAGCAGUGCCAAACAAGUCAGGAGGACAUGAGGUUAUGCGGACACAGGCAACUUGUGCAACAGCAGGAACUGUUUUUACAGAUAAAGUGGAUGAUCUAUCCUCCUAAACUUAGAUGACCUCUAUUUAUGGAAUAAAGUUUACAGACCUUCUAUAGACUGAUGUAUGGAUAAAUUUACUGUACAGCACAAUAUCCCAAAGCAUGCAAUAAACUAUUUUAGUACAAUAAUACAAAUUGUCUGUUUCCCUUUGAUAUUAAGAUUUUAUAACGGGCUGUAUAAGUGUUCCUUCAUUGGCAUCUGUCACUUUCCUGUUACCUUUGUUUAUUAGUACAUGAAGUUUAGUGACCUCACACAAUAGGCUCGUUCGAGAUGAGCAUCCUACGCAGAAUCAAUUACCAGCAAUCAGCCCACAAUGCAUGCCGGUUAGAUUUGUGUCCGACUUGAUCCCAACUUGCUCUGACGUCAUGCACACGUGGGCAACGAUAACCUCACGAGAGCGAGGCAGCCGGAGAUUUUAGAAGCCAGGCUCCGCAGUUGCUCUCCACUGACUGCAUGACCCAGAUCAGAGAGCUGAUUGGCUCUUAGAUUUGACAACAAACACCCUGUUUUGUAGAACAUCCUAAUUUUCUGUGUAAUUGUAAUAUUCAGUGCUUGAUGGUUGGCUAUUAGUCUCAGGUUUAAAAUCAUAUCUUGUGUGGUUGAUAAUAAUAAAGCUUAUUUAUACAACACAAUAUCAAAACGAGCAUCAAAGUGUUUCACCGGCCGACAUAAAAAGAACAAAAGAUAGCAUACAAUGCAGAUACACAAUAGUUUCCACAUACAUAUAUAUUUACAAACACAUGAAUACAUCCAAACGAGGUCUGCAAAAUAUAAGUAGCCUACAGAUUGUUUCUUUGACUUCCUGUUUAUUCUUUGAAGGCGGCUGAAAACUGUCCGACUCAACUGCAGGUUUUUUUCCAACGCUCCCUGCUGCUACCUGCUGCUAUUAACAGGUCUAAUCAGAAAAAACUACAAACACCCGUGUGGCUGUGCAAGGCCUUUUUCACUUGCUUCACUUGAUGAAGCUAAACAUAAGACUCACUGUAUCAAUCAAAGCAUGCAUACAUAAUAUGUGCAGCGGGGAAAGUAGCCCACUAUGUCUUUGUAGCUUUGAGAUGUUGAAUCACUUGGUCCCAUGAUUGUCAAUGUCUCUGCAUCUUAAAGGAAUAGUUUGACAUUUUGGCUUCAUGCAGGAAGUGAUACAGGAACAAAUUUCCUCAUAUUUUUUUUCCGUAUUCCACAUAUUUGUUCUUAUUUUGUUAGUACCCAUUGAUUUCUGGGAUUUACCAAUAUUUUUUUAGUUUUGCUCUUUUCUUAGGUAAGACAACAUUUUACGAGUGGCGAGGGCACUCUUACCAAUAUAAGAAAAAAAACAUCUUGUUUUAACAGCCUACAAUCAACAAUCAAGUUUACAUUAUUAUACAUUUUAGAGUGAUUAUAAUGAUUGGAUUAUUAAAGAAAUACUUUUGGUGAUCCCAUUAAGACGAUGAAAUAAUAUAGCGUGCGUUCAGCUUCUGAAUGGCUUACGUUCUGCUCUUAGAUGCUUUUUGAUUUUCCUGUACCACCAGUACUCACGCUCUGGAACAUUACAUGUUGACUUUGUUUAAGUUCAUUUAACAAAACCCCAAUGUCACCACUGCGGAAGUUCUUCUUGUUCUUACAACUUUUUGGUGGCAUCUUUCCAAGUCUUGGCAAGAGUAUUUGCACACGGCACAACAGCAGCCCGUACAUAGUGUUUAGGGGCGUCACCUAUGAUAAUAAUUAACAAUCAGCCACACGCCUCAAAUUUAUCAUUUAGCACACCAGGAGCAGAUUUGGAUGGUUAAGAACGUUUGGUGUAUCUUUAAUCAGUAGCGCCCGAGAUCAAAAAGGGGCCAAUGGCAUGCCACUGUGUUCAGCGGCAUACACCGAUGUCUGGAGUGGCCUGCCACUGUGUUCAGCGGCAUACACCGAUGUCUGGAGUGGCAUGCCACGGUGUUCAGCGGCAUACACCGAUGUCUGGAGUUGCAUGCCACUGUGUUCAGCGGCAUACACCGAUGUCUGGAGUGGCAUGCCACGGUGUUCAGCGGCAUAUACCGAUGUCUGGAGUGGCCUGCCAAUGUGUUCAGUGGCAUAUACCGAUGUCUGGAGUGGCAUGCCACUGUGUUCAGCGGCAUAUACCGAUGUCUGGAGUGGCAUGCCACUGUGUUCAGCGGCAUAUACCGAUGUCUGGAGUGGCCUGCCACGGUGUUCAGCGGCAUAUACCGAUGUCUGGAGUGGCCUGCCACGGUGUUCAGCGGCAUAUACCGAUGUCUGGAGUGGCAUGCCACUGUGUUCAGCGACAUACACCGAUGUCUGGAGUGGCAUGCCAUGGUGUUCAGCGGCAUAAACCGAUGUCUGGAGUGGCAUGACAUGGUGUUCAGCGGCAUAUACCGAUGUCUGGAGUGGCAUGCCACUGUGUUCAGCGGCAUAUACCGAUGUCUGGAGUGGCAUGCCACUGUGUUCAGCGACAUACACCGAUGUCUGGAGUGGCAUGCCAUGGUGUUCAGCGGCAUAUACCGAUGUCUGGAGUGGCCUACCACUGUGUUCAGCGGCAUAUACUGAUGUCUGGAGUGGCAUGCCACUGUGUUCAGCGGCAUAUACCGAUGUCUGGAGUGGUACGCCAUGGUGUUCAGCAACAUAUACCCCUGAAGUGGUAUAUCCAAACUCAACACUAGGGUCUCAUUGGACGAGGGCCAUAGGCACCACAGGGGACUCCUUAUGUUACGGCCCUGUCAUCACUCAGGCUAUAAAAAUCAGCACUACCUAGAUCUCGGAGCCAUCCCACACAAUUCGAUUCGCAUGAAUAGGCUCCAUGUUUCAGGUUAAACUUAAAUGAUAUAACUCAUCAAACCCGACACUCGGGAAUGAUC